AUGAACGUGCAGAACCUCAACUCUUUCGACCCUUUCGCUGAGGAGGACCCUUUAGGAGGCAACCAGGAUGUUGGUUCCCAGCAGAACUAUCUUCACAUCCGAAUUCAGCAGAGGAACGGAAGAAAGACUUUGACCACCUUGCAAGGAUUGCCUAAAGAGUACGAUCCGAAGAAGCUACUUAAGGCUUUUAAGAAGGAAUUCGCUUGCAACGGGACUCUCGUUGAGGACGAGGAAAUGGGUCAAGUCAUUCAGCUUCAGGGUGAUCAGAGGGUUAAGAUUGCCAACUUCCUAACUGAAGAGGGAAUCCCUAAGAACACUAUCAAGCUGCACGGGUUCUAG